CCCUCUCUCUCUCUAAAAUCUCUUCAACAAGAGCACUUUAUUCCCUUGAACUCACCCUAAAAAGAAGACGAUCCUACCACGAUCCUCCUUGUGUUCAGAAACCAACACCCGCUACCUUUAUCUCUCUCUCUCUCUAACCUUGUUUUGAAAAACUUCUCCAUCCUAUCUAGAAUUUUUACACAGAGCCAAAGACCUUCUUUUGCUCUUGUUUUUCCCACAUAACCCUAUUCCUGUUUUUGCUUGAAUAUCAACAUUUUCUUAUAAAAACAGUGGUGAGUUUUCUGAUAAAAUUAUAACAUUUAAGUCAAAAUGGCAUCGUCACCUUCGGAGCUGAGCCUGGACUACAAGCCCCACAGCUACUCCAUGCUCCUCAAAUCCUUUGGGGACCUGCAGGCGACUCACCUCCACGACCAGUCUCAGACUCAGAAGCUGGAAGAGUUCCUCUCCCGCCUCGAAGAAGAACGUCUCAAAAUCGACGCUUUCAAGCGCGAGCUUCCUCUUUCCAUGCAACUCCUCACCACUGCUGUGGAGGCUUCAAGGCAGCAGCUACAGGCAUAUAGAACAAACAAUAUUCAAGGCCAAAACAGGCCCGUGCUUGAAGAGUUCAUACCCCUAAAGCAUUCAAACUCUGAAGGCUCAGAAAAACCUACCAACGCUACUUCUGAUAAGGCAAACUGGAUGACCUCCGCCCAACUUUGGAGCCAAGCAACUGAUCAUAACCCUAAUGCAACGUCUAAACCCCAAUCCACCAUAACAACUGGCCCUAAAGAAACCGAUAUCGGGUUCAGCGUCAGCCCCAAACUAGGGUUUGAAAACAAGCAGCACAGAUCGUACGGUGGAGGAGCUUUCCUUCCGUUUUCGAAAGACCGCAGCCCUACUUUGCGGCCUCUUCCGGAACUCGCUCUCGCCUCUCCAGAAAACAAUAAAUCAGAGAUAGUAUUGGAGGACAAGACUAAUCAUCUUGAGAAUGGAAAUAUUAAUUCAUCAUCAGCUGCUGGGAAUUGUAAUGAACAAGGUAAAUUAUUGGGAGCUGGUGGAAUUAAUAAUAGCUCGGAGGGACAAAAUGGACAAGCAACAAUUACAGCCGGCGCCGGCGCCACCACCACCACAACUCAAACCCAUAGAAAGGCACGGAGGUGUUGGUCUCCGGACUUGCACCGCAGAUUCGUCAAUGCCCUUCAAAUGCUUGGUGGUUCUCAAGUGGCGACCCCAAAACAGAUCAGAGAGCUGAUGAAGGUUGACGGUUUGACCAAUGAUGAAGUUAAAAGUCAUCUGCAGAAGUACAGGCUCCACACAAGGCGACCGAGCCCAAGCCCCCAAGCAGGCGGAGGACCAACGCCACAGCUAGUAGUGUUAGGCGGCAUCUGGGUGCAGCCGGAGUACGCCACUGCAGCCCACAACGGUUCUGCGGCUCUUUACAGCCCGCAGCCGGGCUCCCAUGCACCACCGCACUACUGCGCCACCCCAAUGCCGCAAGACUUCUACGCCACGCCGCAGCAGCUGCACCACCACACUCUCCAACACCAGCUCCACGUGUACCGAACGUCCACCGUCUCCCACACCCAGAGCUCCCCGGAAUCCGACGGCCGUGGGGCCGGAGACAGGUCAGGGAGCAUUGAGGACGGAAAGUCGGAGAGCGGCAGCUGGAAGGGGACUGAGAAUGGUGAUCAUGUUCAUAUGAACGGUGGAGAUCAGAGAAACGGAGGGUUGACUGCACGGCGGUCGGAAGACGGUGAGGACAGUAACGGAAGUCAGAUCACGCUCAAGUUCUAACCUUUUGAUGAUACGAGGUUACUUAAUUAAUCAUAGGGUAAUUAGAGAAAGAUUAGGGCUACCCAUUUGUAUGUUAUAUGCGCUAAUCAUGUUUAAUUUCUAAUAUUUAUCGUUAUUUAUGAUGUGAUAGAUGUGCCCAUCGGAUUAGGGUUAGAGAGUAUAGAUGGGUAAAAAGGUCAUAACGGGAAAAGUGAGUGUUUGUUUUAUUUUCCCCUUUUCCUUUUUCUUUUGUAGAUUGGAUUCUAUUGAAGGAAUAAUUCACAUCUA